AUGGGAUUUGAUUUGGAAGCUAAAGGUACCACCAAGAAUCAAAAGUCUUCUUUGGCGUAUUUGUCGGAAUUGUCUUCCGACACUAUAUGGAAGGAAAGGAAUAAUAAAAUAUGGAAGGAAGUGACUGAUGCACAUGGAUAUGUUUUUGAUCGAGCCAAAACUUUGCUUGAGGAUUGGAAAUCAGCAAAAUCGAUUCAAAAAGUUUCUGUCAGUAGCGAACAGCAAGCUUGUAUUACUAAGUGGAUGAAGCCAAGUUCCGGACUGUUCAAGUGCAAUAUUGAUGCGGCUUUUUCUGAGACGACUAAUUUGGUUGGCAUAGGGAUGUGCAUUAGAGAUGAGGACGGUCAUUUUGUACUUGCUAAAACAGAUUACUUCAGUCCUACUUGUAAUGUCCAUAUAGGAGAAGCACUUGGUCUGCUAUCUGCUAUGGAUUGGGUGCAUUUGCUGCAACCGGGAACAGUGGACUUCGAGAUGGAUGCAAAGAGAGUGGUUGAUAGCUUUAAUUCUCGUCAGAGUGAAGCCACAGAGUACGGGAACAUAAUUGAUAAUUGUAAAACUCUCUCUAGACAAUUCUAUGAAAACUCUCGUGUUGAGUUUGUACGGAGGCAAGCAAAUGAGGUUGCUCAUAGUUUAGCUAAAGCGGCCUUAUCAUCAGCUAGCUCCCAAAUUUUGGUAGAAAUACCUGUUAUCAUGCAACUGUCUGAAGCAGUUACUGCAUCAAAUCCGAUUCCUUAUCGGAACCGUGUGAGAACAAAUGAGCAUUAA